CCCUUAUCCCUUCUCUUCCAGCUGUUGGCUCUACAAUGCAGGCCGGAUGGGUGAGAGAAAUAGACAGAAAAGCUACAGCAAGAGAGACGACAGGAAGACUCAGAAGGGAAAGACGGAGUACAGAGAGAGGGAGGAAGGGACGCAUAAUGAGACAAGACGAAGAAACCCAUUCCAGCUGUGAUCCUAUAAUAAAUAGAGCCGUGAGAACUUCUUCAUAUUGAAGAACUUUCCACUGCACGCCAAGGGAACAAACAUUUACUUCUGACAUUCUUCUGGCAGUAUUAGUUGUUUAUUUUUGAUCACACAAAACAUCUAGUUGUACAUGUUGAUGGGACAGAAAUAGAACCAAAGUUCAUUGGAUGAGAAGUUUUUUGGUCCUCGUUGUUUUGUGCAUCAGAAAAGUCUCAUCAGCUUGUCGUUUGAAGACAAACAUGAGCACAGACAACUCGACUCUGCUGGACAGCUUGUUCUUUCCCCCUCUCUGCGAUGGCUGGACCAACAACACAGAGGGAGCCAUCUACCAUUUGGGCAACACCAUGCUGUUCCUGGGCUACAUGGGAGGCAGCGGGGCCUACGGGUGUCUCUUCAUCUUCGGCUUCCUGACUCCCGCCUUCGCGUUCAUGAGCCUAUGGGGUUGGCUAACAAUGUGCAGCCUGGAUGUCUUCACCUGGAACCUGCUUCUGCUGCUGGCCUGCUUGGCUCAGAUCUUCCACCUGCUUUAUCGGCUGCACCAGGAGGGCAUACGCAGUGAAGAACUGACCGCCCUCUACCAGGCGGUGUACCUGCCGCUGGGCGUGCCCAUCCAGGUGUUCAAGGAGAUCGCCGGUGCCUUUGAGAACAAGGUGGUAGAGCUGAAGGCAGGAGCGACGUACGCUGUGGAGGGCAAGACGCCAAUCGACCGGCUCUCCUUUCUGCUGUCUGGGAGGAUCAAUGUAUCUUUGGAGGGACAGUUCCUGCAUUACAUCCACCACCACCAGUUCCUCGACUCUCCAGAGUGGGAGUCUCUCAGACCAAACGAGGAGGGAAAGUUCCAGGUGACCAUGACAGCAGAGGAAGACUCCCGCUACAUCUCAUGGCGUCGCCGGCGCCUCUAUUUGGUGAUGUCAAAGGAGCGUUACAUCGCCCGUGUCUUCUCCAUCAUGCUGGGCUACGACAUCGCCGAGAAGCUCUACAACCUCAACAACAAGCUCUACAUCAAGAGCGGCGUGCUGUUGGACAUCCGCCUGCCCAGCCUCUACCACGUGCUGGCCCCCUCCUCGCAGGGCAGCGAGGGCGGCAGCGGCAGUGACGGGGGCAUUGGCAAGGAGCAUCCGCAGGGUGAAGACCCGGCACCGGCCUACCAGAUGUCCGAUCCAGCCCAGUUUCAACCCCACCUGCAGGGACCAAGGCACCCCACCCUGGAUGAACACCAGGCCCCCCAGCAUGACCGCUAUCAGCACCCCUGGGCGUCAGACGGCGAGCUGCCCACUGGUGAGGACUCCACCAGCCUGGUCUUGGAGGACUUUGCUGAUGUGGCGGGCUCCUUAACUGAUUAUGGCAGUGAGAGGGAUUAUUUGAGGUAGAGGCAGGGUGCUGGAGCUAACACACUGGGUCACCACUUAAGCUACAUGAGGUGAUAGUGACGGGGAUCUACCACCUCGAUUCCAGAGGGGCAGAGCGCCGCUGGCUCCCACCGACACUCCCAAACUGUGAGAACAGUCUCUCUCUCUACUAUAUAGCAGUAUGAAUGUGUCACAGAUCAAUUGUUAUGUCUCCUCCUCGCUCUCUGUCCCUGUUCUCACCUCACUUCGCUCAUCUUUAGUCCUGAGCAUGAAGACUCGUCGUUCUCUCUAUUUAAAUUGCAGUUUGAGUGAUGAGACAGCUAAUAUUGAUAUCUUUCAACAAUCAAUACUGUUGGGGCUGAUAUUUAUCAUCAUAAUAACUUCAAUUCAUUGAACGGCCACAAAUUACAAGUGCUUUGUGUUGCCUAAAAGUUUUCGUGUCAAGAUUUAAAGUCUCUGAAGCAGCAUUCAGGCCACCAAAUCUGCCUUAAAAUCCUAAAGACAGGGGGACCCACCACAUUUAUUCAACUUUAGUCAAACUUGUAGAUGUUUUAGCAUUUCAACGAACAUGGCAUUUACAAAAUCUAUAAUUCAACAACUGAAAGAACCAAUAAAAUGCUCAAAGAACAUUUAUAUUGUGUGUUUAUUUAGCUGCAGGGAAUCAUUAAAGAAGGAUAUGCUGACUUGCAGAUAAACUGUAUCCAACAUUUAAUAAACUGUCCACAAUCUGAAUUAAAUCCUAAUUACACCAUGAUCUUAAGUGGCACUGAAACAUUACAGACAGAGGGACAGCCUUCACCUUACCAGCACAUUAAAUGUCUAUAAAAUGGUAUUGCUAUGUAAUAAAAAUGGAUUCCGUGAUACUGAAACAGAUGAAUUUGGUUUUCAUCUCACUUAUAUUUGAUGUUAGAACCAUGACUGUUUGAUUUGGACUUCACAUGACUGAAUGUUCAUUUUUGGUGUUUGUUUUUUUCACAACUCAUACUCAGUGUUACAAAGAGUAUUGAUUUAACUUAGUACGAUUACACAUUUUCUGGAUUUGAACAGACCUGCAUUAUACCCAAUUCUUAAUCCUUUCAAGAUCUGGAAAAUAUUUAGUUUUGCAUACUUCCUGAUAACUUUCCAGUUGUGUAUGAACACUUACAAAAUGUCAAUGUUCAAUUGAUGCCAAUUUCAUUUGGAGGACAACCUCAUACUUCAUCUUUGGUGAUAUAUCGGAUGCCUGAAAAUGCCUGUUUUUUUUUAAUUUUCCUUUGUAACUGAGAAUUGAAUACACAAAUGUAUACUGUGAAUUGCAUUAUUUGUCCCGUUACUGCUUUGCUAAAAUACAAGAUGGGACUAAAAUUAUGAAGUCAGUGUUUUUAAAAAGUAUUUUCAUGGGCCAAGAUUUCUCCAUAAAGCUCUUUGUGUGCAGUGAAAA